AACAGUCAAAAAGAAUGCUGAACUAGAUCUUAGUCUCACUGAAUACAUUAGCUCUGCAGUACCUAAAGGAGCUUUGCAGAACCGCAGCAACUAUAAGAUUGACUCAAAGCUUGAACAACAAACAAAAGAUUUAGUUCAAGUUAUGACAAAAUAACUUAUUCCUGGCCUCAUGACUGAUGCCACCACAUCCCAAGUCAGUGAUGUUAUCAGCAGACUCUCUGAGGUGUGCAAUAAUGCAACUGACCUUGUGGCAAAAAGUGGAACACAUUUUAUUGCAAAAGGAGUCAAAAUAAGUGUAGAAAUAGCUAAACACACCACAAUCUUGGUCCAAAUGAUUCGGUCUAUUCCUACAGAACAUGUUAUCAAUGACAUAUUUGUCCUCAAAUUAAAAAAAGAAAUUGAAGAGCAGCAAAGAUAUGUGGAGCAGUAUGACCAAGAUGGCAGACAUGAUUUACCAGAUGUGAUUUGCCUAAACGAUGAGUUCCUAAGCUCCAUUUCGGAAAGUCUCCGAAGCGUUCAUAGAUGCUUGUGCUGGUCAUAUGUCCUCUUUUGUGACGGGAACAUUCAAGAAGAAGCUCAAUGGAGUUACUGGAAAAGUUGUUGACAAUGUACUUGGCAGACACAAAACUGAGGCCUUUUUCCAGAACCGGCAGCAUAAACAUGAUAUGAAGUCAGCCAGUCAGAAGACUGGGAAAGCUCUGUCAGAGACUGAAACAAAAGAACUUCUGGACUAUGCAGAGAAGAUUGGUGAUGUUAAUCGACCAGCCUCGGCCCUGGACAUUUAUGUCCUCACAAACAGUGACCUGCUCCAUGGUAAAGGCAUCCAGUUCAAAGUGGUGGAUCAAGAUGGGAAAACGCUCUCAGAGGAGUCCUACCCGGGAACGAACAGCUCAGCCGGCAAAAUCACUCUACGGCUGACCAAAGAACCUGAGAAAACACACAGUGAGGAAGGAAUCCUCUCUAAAGCAAAAGACAGAAUCCAAGGAGUGGAAAGUCCAUACAGUGGUCACUUUGACAUCAUCCAAGAUGGCAAAGUAAUCCCUGUGUGCUCAGAGAACAAGAACUGCCUGUACCAUGCCCUAGCACAGGCAACAUCUAACAGGUCAGAGGAUGAGAUCACGAGUCAAGCUGUGGAUCUACGAAACAAUGUUAAAGACCAGAUUAAAGGGAGCCUUCAGGCUUAUAGUGAAAUGGUUAAAACCCAGAAGGCCUAUGAUGCACUUGAGAAAAAUCAUGGAAAAUAUGCUAUAGUUGGAGGGGCCAGGAAUAGAAAACGGACGAAUGAUGGGGAAUAUGAACAUGAUAUCAGGCCCAUGAAGAAUUGUCCUUAUAGUUCCUCAGGGAUAAAUGAGUAUGACAUAGCCUUUACAUACAACCUUGGAUUAGUUGGUCCUUUCAAAAGCGUCAAAAACACCAAACUUUUCUCUGACAACAUGGGGGAAAGAGGCAUUGUGGAGGCAGACCAUAUCCCACCAAAGAAUUCCCUGAAGCUGGCCAGAGACCAAAAAUCUCAGAUGAAAAAUCUUCAACAGAAGAAUCCGAAGCUUGAUUUUGAUAUGAUUUAACAGCAUUGAAUCAGAUCAAAAUGGAGGGAACCUGUUCACAAUGCGGGUUCUCAAACAGCAUCACAGGAAUGCUCUAACCACUGGAAGGAGUAAGACAUCUGUCAUCUGCAGGAAGCUGCUGGCGGAUACACUUGCAAGCGGAGAUGUGGAGAAAUCACUGAAGUUGCCAGCCAGUAUUGCAAUGGAACAUUUAGAACGGUUUGCCGUUCUAAACAACACCCGUGCCAAUGUAUCCUCCAAACACCGGCUUCUGGGCAUUAUCCCUUAAGUCUGUCCUUCUUAUAUAGGAAAUUCUUCACUAGAUUAUUCUAAUUUUCACAGAAAGUUUUAAUAUUAAUUUGUUUAUGUUUUUAUUCUAGGAAAGCCCAAUAAACUUACCCUGGGAUCCAUUGAUUUAUCUCCUGAAGGAACAGUGUUCUACUAUAAAGCUGGCUUCAAUCAGAUGCUGAAUCACCAUAGUAAAGAGGGGAUCAUCGACCAGAAUCAGCAGGCGAGGCUGAAGUCCUGGGUGUCCGAUAAGAAGUACAUGGACCCGGACACCCCAGACUACAACGACAUCCUUGCAGCCAUCCAGUAACACAACCUCCACUGGAGACAUGUUAGGAAAGGGAUAAAAUCAUACUUUUAUAUUCAGCAUAUGAAUAUCAUGAAUUCAGUAUAAUCAUAAGGUGAAUCAUUUCUUGUUGAACCUUAGGUGAAUGACAAUUUGACCUUUCUACUGCUGCAUAAUUACUAUACUUUUUUUGUUUGUGCUUCCACAAGGUAGCCUAUGGCUUUUCAAAAUAGAUACAGUAACUUAUGUGCAAGGUGCAUGAGAUGUAAGCUUGCUAAAACAACUAUAGGUUCUUUACAGUAAACUGUAAAUUGACUUUUGAUUUUGUUUCAUUCAGUACUGUAUG